AUGGAACAAGGACCAGAAAGAUUGGCAUGUGAAUCUGAAGGAGCUGUACGCUGUCCAUGCCGCAGUAGCUCAGGAGCGCGAUCAACUACAGAAUGCACAGGUAUUGUUACAGACGGACAAUCGCACUGUUGUGGCCUACAUCAACAAAGAAGGUGGCACGAGAUCGAAAAAGUUAUUACAACUAACACGACAACUACUUUCGCUCCUGGACGAACUAAACGUAGCUUUGACCGCACAGUACUUCCCGGGAAAAUUCAACGGAGACGUAGACGCGCUAUCUCGUGGGAAGAGGUGCCCGGAAUGGCAUUUGACAAAAGCAGCGACUUCGAUACUCUUUCACAGAUUAGGGACCCCACAAAUCGAUCUGUUUGCAUCAGUGACAGCCCAUGUAGUCCCAAGCUAUGUGACGCUAGAUCUGAGGGACCCCGGAGCUCAGUUCUACAACGCGUUCAGUCUCCAGUGGAGGUUCGACCUAGCGUGGGUAUUUCCACCGCCGAACCUAAUACCACAAGUAUUAUCCCAUUUGAACACAGCAACGGGACGAUACAUAUUAAUAGCGCCGAGAUGGAACAAAGUGUUUUGGCGAGGCGACUUACAACGUCGAGCGUUACGGACACCAUUCACAAUCCCGAAUCUUCCCGAGGUUCUGAUCGACACAGUGACGGGCAAGCGCCCUCCUGCAGUAGAAUCGAUCAACCUGGAGGCCUGGCUGAUCUCGGGUGGACUGACAUGAUUCAGGAUUGGUCUGAACAAGAAAGACAACUUCUUUUUUCAAGUUGGAGGACUUCAACAAUUAACACAUAUACCCCAGCUUGGAAUAAGUGGAAACGAUGGUGUCGUUCAAAAGAUAUUUCCUUUCAAAAUCCUUUGCCUAAGGAAGUGGCUCAAUAUCUAGCUUAUCUUCACCAAGUAGAAGGCCUAGCUUAUCGCACAAUAUUGGUACAUAAGUCUGUUAUUGCCACUUUCAGCGCACGCGAAAAUUUGUCUUCAAAUUUCCUAGUCAAGAGGAUGCUGAAAGCUAUAUCACAGGCAAAAGAGAAGCCAAUUAAUCCGCCUAUUUGGGAUGCUGCAAUAUUAAUAAAAUAUCUUCAAGUUAACGCACCCGACGAGCAAAACUUCUAUCAAGUAUCGAGACACGUAGCGGUACUCCUUUUAUUAGCUUCGGGCCGUCGAGUACACGACCUCACACUUUUGAGCAUAGACCCCGAAAAAAUGGUAUUUGAGGCCGAUACUUUGAUUUUGUGGCCCUGUUUUGGUUCGAAAACCGAUAGUUUGCAUCAUAGGCAGUCAGGCUGGAGAAUUAAAAAACACCCAGAUAGGAAUUUGGACAGUAUUCACUGGGUGCGGAGGCUGGUUCAUUUAUCUCAAGACAGACGUCAGGAUAAAUGGUCUCAUUUAUUCAUAACUACUAGAGGCGAUCCGAAACCAGCAUCUGCCACGAUAAUCGGAAACUGGGUUAGAUCGCUGCUUAAAGCUGCUGGUAUAGACGCUACACCCGGCUCUACCAGAGCAGCAGUAGCCUCAUUAAACUGGCUUGAGAACUUUCCAAUUGAGCAGAUUCUCGCCACUGGAAAUUGGAAAAGAGAACACACCUUCCGAAGGUUUUACAAAAAGGAAAUAUUAAGGUCCCAAAGUAGUACAUGUACAUCGCUUUCUAAUUAUUUUGUACCAGAGUGAAAACUUUGUAAUUAGCUUGAUUUAUAUUAAAUAUGUUGUAUUCAAUUUACACAUUAUGGCAUCAUUCAAAUUCCUUAAUUUACAGUAUGUGUACCAGGAGAUAACAAACACAUCACUCAAGAUGGAUUCCGGAUAUCGAAGACGGAACAAAUAAUGGAGAGUUUUACCUUACAAUAAAACUUACCUAUUAUUUUUCCUGAGAUAUCCGGAAUCCAGGUAAUCCCUACCUGGUACAUCUCGAGCUUCAUAAUGAAAAAGUCAGUUAGGCGCGCAUCCGACUCAAAUCCGUGACACUAGCGCCAUCUGGCGUACGUAGAGGGAGGUAAGUAGCCGGAAAUCGACAAAAAGACGGGUGCUUGACUCAAGAUGGAUUCCGGAUAUCUCAGGAAAAAUAAUAGGUAAGUUUUAUUGUAAGGUAAAACUCUC